AGAGUCUCUUAAGACUUCUCCCGGAAAAACACCGAAAUCAAUUCUUGCCAGGGUUUCGCUAAUCACUUACCCCGGAAAUUUUCCGAAGAUACAAGAUAGCAUUACUAUCAGGAAAGACCCCGAAAGCGCUUUUUUCCCCAAAAAUAUGGAAAAGAGAUGAAACAAGAGCUAAAAACCUGAAUUCCCGCUAGCAUCUGAUAAGAAACCCCAAGAUAAGAAGUUUCUCCUCCUGUAACAGAAUAAAAGCAGACUAUUCUCUACGUAGUAAUUUUAUCCAAAUAUUAUUUGCUCUUGAACCGUCAUGUCUGGUUCUGGCCCCAAAAAGACUAACAUAGAAGUGAAUAUAAAACCAGAGUGUAGCGAUGAAAAUCGUCUUGAGGGGGGGUUAAUAUCUUCAAAUCAAGAUGAGUAUGAUGUAUUUGCAACCAAAGACAAUAAGGAUAAGGUAGAUUUCAGAGGCCUUACUUGUUUUGGAGCAGCUAUUUUAAUCACUAAGACCCAAAUUGGGUUGGGUGUUUUAGGAUUACCAUCAACCAUGAAUGUGUUGGGGUUUUUACCUGGUAUGGUUUGCUUAAUUGUGUUAUGUAUCUUGAGUACCUGGACUGGAGUGGAAAUCGGAAGAUUUCGUCUAAACCAUCCCCUGGUUUAUGGAAUCGAUGAUGCCACAGACAUGAUAUUUGGAAAAUAUGCUCGUGAAGUUAUGGGGUUUGGUUUCUGGUUAUUUUACACCCUUCUCUAUGGAGCUACUUUACUUACGUUGUCAAUUGCUUUCAACUCAUUGACUGGGCACCCCAUUUGCAGUGUUGCUUGGUCUGGUAUUGGUGCAGUUGUUGCGUUGAUUUUAGGUAUUUCUAUUAGAACUAUGAAGGUUUUGUCUGCUUUAGGUUAUAUUGCCGUUGGAUCCAUCUUUCUUGCAGUAUGGGUUGUAGCAAUUGCUUGUUUAACUCAAGGAACACCAAGUGCAGCACCGGAUCCAGAUAACAUCGACAAGAUGAUUAGAGUGGCUUCCACUGGUGUUCCUUUCAAAUCUAUUGCUUCUGCUAUUGCCACUCAGUUACUCAGUUUAGCAGGCACACCAGCUUUUUUCACCAUUCAUGCAGAAAUGAAGGAUCAAAAACAAUAUAUCAAGGCUCUUUUCUUAGGUCAAGGUUUUGUGGUUUUUAACUAUAUUGCAAUCAGUGUAAUUGUUUAUGCUAAAGUUGGUCAAUAUGUUGCAUCUCCAGCUCUAGGAUCAGCUGGUCCGCUAUUUCAGAAGAUCUCAUACGGAAUAGGUCUUCCAGCACUUUUUUUUGCCUGUUUCUUCCAAGCCCAUAUUUCUGCCAAAUAUGCUCUUGUUCGUAUUUUAAGAAAUUCAAUGCAUUUGCAAAGUAACUCAAAAACCCACUGGGCUACAUGGAUUUCAAUGAUGCUGAUUGUAAUUGCAAUUGGAUUCGUUGUUGCUGGUGCAAUUCCAUUCUUCGAUGAUUUGUUGGGGUUGAUUGGAGCUUUACUUGGGUCUUUUUUCACCUUGAUAAUUCCAGGCACUUUGGUUUUGUGGGAAAUAGAUAGAAGAUUUGGGCCCGAUGAAAAGUCCAAUACCAGAUGGUUCACCCUGUCGUUGAAGUAUUGGAAUUCUGGUAAACACACAGCAGCUUCAAUAUUCCUUUCUCACUUCUGUAUCGUCAGUGGGAUUUUCAUUUUAUUUACAGGUGUUUAUGGUUCUAUUGCAUCCAUUGUUGAUGGUUAUGCCGAUGGCACAGUACUGAGUGCCUUUUCUUGUGCUGAUAAUAGCUGAUAAAUUAGCUAGCUCAUUAUGUG